AUGCAUCAAGAGAAUCAAUCUCCCCAACCAUCCAAUGAUGAAAGCGAAGACAAUGAAGAAUUAUUUUGCAAUGAUAUUUACCAGCUCUCGAACCAUGAAUUUAUUUCAAAAUAUUCAACAAGUAGAUCAUCAAGUUAUGAUUUUACUUGUAUUCCGACGGAUGUUUUGUGCUUCAUCAUUUUGCAAUAUUUAGAUUGGAAAACAGUUUUUCAGAGUUGUCUGUUGGUAAACAAAGACUUUUAUCGGAAAAUUGCAAAUAAUAGACAAUUAUUUAUUAAUUUAUAUAAUGAAUUGUUUGUUAUGAAAAAAGAAGAAAUUGAGAGCCUCACCCUUGAAUCACCAGCUUUUAAACAUAAAAGGAUAUUUACGGGUGGAUUUAGUUACGACACAAAAUUAUACGGUGGAUUGUUGUAUCCCAAUGAGCAUUAUCAUUUCUGUGAAGAUUAUGAAUAUUGUAACUUGGACGAGAAAGGAUUCCAAACCAUGAAAAGAGUUUUAGAAAGGCUCUAUAUUAAAAAUUGCACCAUGACUGAACAAAAACUCAUGUUGAUCAAGAAAACUUGGGAAAACUCUGUGUCUAUUCUAAGAAAGAACAAUAGUGCUAUUUCCUCAGCUCCCUCAUCGUCGUCGAGAAGAUUGAAAAAGAAUGAAAAUCAAGCAUUACUUGCUCUGAUUAAGAAAAUUAUCAAGGACAGACUAUUCAUGAGAAAAUACUUUAAUCAUGAGUUGAAAUCAAAAUAUUUUGGAAAAAGGUCCCAUCACUACUAUUAUUAUACACAACAUAUGAAUAGAAAAGAAGCAAUAGAAUUCACUGAAACUUUGCCCGAUGUUACACAACAACUUGAGGAAAUAUUUUAUUAUGCAGAUUGUGAACAAUAUCAAGGAUAUCAGUGGUAUGAACUCGAAGAGAUUGUUCUUGGUCACAAAUCUACGUUUAAUGGCGUGGCGAUAGAGUUUUUAAAUUUCAUGGAACCGAUUCGUGAGGAUUUUCCACUGAACAACAUUGUUUCUUUGUUUUGCCAUAAUUUGGUGGAUUACGAAAGCAUGAUAUCCUAUUUAUACAAUCCAGACCCACAACAAUUCUUCAAAUUGUGCCCAAAUUUAAAGGCAUUUGCUUCUAGAGGUAGAUACAAUUCAUUAUCACCCAUUAGAAGCAAUCAUCUUUCCAUUGUGGUUUUGGUGUCUGGGGGCAUGGAUUCGAAAACCCUCACCUCUGUAUUGGAUUGUCAUUUUCCACAUCUCAAACAUUUAGAGCUGUGGUUUGGAGAUACUAGAUAUGGCAACAAUAUAUUACGUGAACAUUUGGAAGGCUUUUUAAGUGAAAAAGAACAUGGAAAAUUUCCCAUUCUCGAAUAUUUUGGAAUUCGAAAUUGUGAGAACAUUCACCUUUUUAUUCCAUUAAUUGGAAAAUCUGCAAUACUUUCUCGAAUUAGAAUAUUAGAUGUAUCUUUGAGUGCCAUUUACUUGGAAGACAUUCAAGAGUUAUUGUCUAUUUUAAAGACGAGAACAAGACAAAGUUUUCCCAUAUUAGAAGCCAUAGAUUUUCAUCGAUGUGCACGAGUACCUCCUGAAGUCAUCCAAGAGUUUAUUGAACUCGAGAUUAUGAUUGAUGUUGGUUACUCAUCGAGAUAUAUUGCGGCUGGCGAGUAG